AUGGCCAAGCCUCGCCUUCCUACCAAAACCGACUUCCCCUCCAACCUCACCAUCGACAUCACCCCCCCACCACAAUCCACUCCCCCCCUCAACAUCCUCCUUCUCCUCCACGGCCUCGGCGACACCCACACCCCCUUCACGCGCCUCGCGGCCCAGCUCCAGCUCCCCUCCACAGCCUGCAUCUCCCUCCGCGGCCCGCACCCCAUCCCGGCCAUCUUCACCGGCAGCGAGACGCCGAGUUUCCACUGGGGCGACGACGUGCUCGUCGACGAGCGCAAGGGCGAGAUUGAGCUCGACGCGGGCUUCGCCACAACCGCCAGGCUACUGGAACAGGUGGUCGAGGGCUUGACGACGAGGUGCGGCUUUCCCGAGCGGGGGCUGCUGUUUCUGGGCUUCGGACAGGGGGCCAUGGCUGCCCUCUCCUUUCUCUCAUCGCAGUCCCCCGAAAAGGAGUUUGGAGGUGUUGUUUCUAUCGGCGGUCGUCUUCCCUCUUCGGCUUCUUCGGCUUCUUCUUCGACUGCCAGAAAGGCCAAGACCCCAGUGCUGUUGCUCGGAGGUAGCGGGAGCGCGGAGGUCACGAGGAGCGCGGUUGAUGCAGUCAAAGCGCGAUUUGGCGAGGUAGAAUAUGUUAAAUGGGCCAAGAGAGAGGACUCCAUGCCAGGGAGUAGGGAGGAGAUGUUACCUAUCAUGAAGUUCUUUGCUCGGAGGUUGAGGAGCAGGGCCGGUGUGCCAGAGGGGGCGGUCGAGAUUUAG